CAUAAACAAAGGAGAGAGGCAAUGUCAGCCCAAUAACAAAAAGAAGACAAAGGCGGGAAGGGGGAAGAGAGCUCAGGAAGAAAAACCCAGCAGAAGUGGAAGCUGUGGUGUUGAGUGUAACAGAGAAACCCCCAUAGUUUAUUAGAGAAGAGGUAAACCAGAGAGAUGUAUCGGUUCAGUAAUACAGUGAUCGGCUUUUUGAACCUCCUCACUCUUUUGGCUUCCAUACCCAUCAUAGGUUCAGGGCUUUGGAUGGCCAAAAGCAACACUACUUGUGAAUCCUUUUUGCAGACACCACUUCUGGUCAUAGGGUUUAUCAUUCUUGUGGUUUCCUUAGCGGGUUUCAUUGGGGCUUGCUUUAACGUGGCAUGGGCACUGUGGAUUUACCUGUUUGUGAUGUUGUUGCUCAUUGCCACCUUACUGGGCUUCACCAUCUUUGGCUUUGUAGUCACCGGUCAAGGUGGUGGUGUCCAAGUCCCUGGUCGUGUCUACAAGGAGUAUAGGCUGCAGGACUACUCACCAUGGCUCAGGAAACGAGUCCAGGAUCCUCACUACUGGAGUACUCUCAGGACUUGCAUAUUGGGCUCCAAGACCUGCGCCAAGCUUGCCUCCUGGACUCCCCUUGAUUACCUUGAGAGAGACAUGACUCCUUUACAGUCUGGUUGCUGCAAGCCACCAACUUCCUGCAACUAUGGUGCUGCUACGAUGUUGGCACAAGACCAGGACUGCUACAGGUGGAACAACAUGGCCUAUUUGCUUUGCUAUGAGUGUGAUUCGUGCAAGGCAGGAGUACUGGAAGAUGUGAGGAGAGAUUGGCAUAAACUCUCAGUCCUCAAUGUGGUGAUGGUUGUCUUUCUGAUUGGAAUCUAUUCCAUUGGGUGUUGUGCAUACCGGAACAGCAAGAGAUCCCAGACAGACUACCCUUAUGGAGAGAAUCGGAUGAAAAAAGUGAUACCCAGAUGGGAUUUCUAUUUGAGGAGAUGGUGGCGAGACAGAAGAGAAUUUCUUUAUUAGCUCUCUCUCUCUCUCUCUUCCUUUUGAUUGGGACUGUACUGGGUUUUAAGCAUGUGUGGGUUGCAGGCCUGGAGGCCAUUAUUUUCAUCUA